AUGGUUGAAGCAAUCGGUAUGUAUGGUGCACAUUUGAAGCCUCCAAGCUAUUAUGAGUUGAGAGUUCCAUUGCUUCAAGAUGAGUUGAAACUUACACAUGAGAUGUUGAGUACUAAUAAGCAAGAACAAGUAAAAUAUGGUUGUUCCAUAAUGUUUGAUGGUUGGACUGAUACAAAAGGAAGGACAUUGAUUAAUUUUUUGGUCAAUUCUCCGGCAGGAACAAUGUUUGUUAAAAGUGUUAAUGCUUCUGCAUACAUGAAAACUGGACAAAAAUUGUUUGAGCUUUUGGAUAACUUUGUUGAAGAGAUAGGUGAAAGUAAUGUUGUGCAACUAGUUAUCGAUAAUGGAAGCAAUUAUGUCUUGGCCAGUAACCAUCUUCAAGUAUCGAUGCCAAAAUUAUUUUUGACUCCAUGUACUGCUCAUUGUCUAGACUUGAUGCUAGAAGAUAUCAAAAAAAAUUCUAGAGUCAAGAGGGUUAUACAAAAAGGAAUGACUCUCGUUGGCUUCAUUUACAACCAUUCUUUGGUUUUAAACUUAAUGAGGGGGAAAUUAGAAAUUAAGUUGGUUAUAAGUGGAGUCACAAGAUUUGCCACAAACUUUCUUACUUUGCAUAGGUUGCACACUUUAAAGGUAAAAAUUAGAACCAUGUCUGAAGAAUGGUUGAACUUGAAUGCAAGUAAGAAGGUGAAAGGAAAAAAGGCAACUGCUAUUGUACUUCAAGUCUCAUUUUGGGAGGAUAUUAUGUACACUCUUAAAGCUAUAUGGCCUAUUGUAAAAGUAUUUAGGCUUGUUGAUAAUGAAAAGAAUAUGACAAUGGGUAACAUCUAUCAUGCAAUGUUGGAAGCCAAGGAGUUAAUUAUAAAAAAAAAAUCAACAACAAUGAAAGCAAGUACAAAGAUAUCAUUGAUAUUGUUGAUAGAAAAUGGAGUAUUCAACUUCAUCAUUCGUUACACGCAAUUGAGUAUUACAAGACUUGUUUUUCAUCAAGGAGAGAAAUAG